AUGCAGACCAACCAAACGAACCUACCUUGCUGUAUCCUGGCAUCGAAGCAGAUACGCUUGGCCCAGGACAUCUGGAACCAUGUCGACAAAAUAUCAUCAGCCCAUGUCUAUUUACGAAUGCCCGACGGAAUAGCUUGGAGUAUUCCCGCAGCGCUCUUGACAGACUGUGCUCUGUCAGUGAAAGCUGAUUCGGUGGAAGGCAACAAAAAGCAAACAAAAGGAUAA